AGGACGCGGGAGCCGCCUGGGCGCCAGGAGCGCUCCAGUCUGGCAGGGUGCUGCGCGGGGAGCGGGCGGCGGGGCUCCGCGCGGCUAGGGGCUUCCGCCAGGGGGCGCGCCGCGACGGGGCGGGAGGGGCCGUCUGGUCUGGGGAAUUAGCGCCAGGGACGGGCGCGCGCGCGGGUCCCCAGCACAUCUGGGCGAGAGCGGCGCCGCUGGACCGAGGGGGGCGCCUAGCGCAGAUCUGGAGCGGCAGAGGCACCGCGCGACUGGGGCCCUUCGAGGCGUUCGGGGCGCACAUCUGGGACCUCGAGAAGGGGCCGCGCCGCGCACAGCUGGGCCGGGGGAGGGGGGCGGCGGCCACACAGCUGGACCGGAGGGGGCGGGGUCGGUCCCGGGCGCCCGGCAGAGGGGAGGGCCGCGAGCCGCUGGGGACUGGAGCAUGGGACGGCGCGCCUGAAGGAGCAGGGGCGAGGCAGGGGCCUGGGAGCCCGGCAGCAAAAGAGGAGAGCGAGGGGCCCGAGAGCAAAGGAGGAAAAUGCAACUGACUCGCUGCUGCUUCGUGUUCCUAGUGCAGGGAAGCCUCUAUCUGAGGCAGGGAAUUUCCUCUGUGAAAUUGUGACCUUAUAACCAAUCUCUCCCGUAAGACCGGAGGCUCCGGCAGCACAAGGCUACGCCUCUGACAGGUCAUCUGUGGCCUGGAUGAUGGCCCUCCUGGCUCAGAGGACCCUGAGCGCGAUGACCAUGAGAGCCAGCCCCGGCCUCGGAUGCCUCGGAAGCGGGGCCACAUCUCACCUAAGUCCCGUCCCAUGGCCAACUCCACUCUGCUAGGGCUGCUGGCUCCGCCUGGGGAGGCAUGGGGCGUCCUUGGGCAGGCCCCCAACCGCCCAAACCACAGCCCCCCACCUUCGGCCAAGGUGAAGAAAAUCUUCGGCUGGGGUGACUUCUACUCCAACAUCAAGACCGUGGCCCUGAACCUGCUCGUCACGGGGAAGAUCGUGGACCAUGGCAACGGGACCUUCAGCGUCCACUUCCGACACAAUGCCACCGGCCAAGGCAACAUCUCCAUCAGCCUCGUGCCCCCCAGUAAAGCUGUAGAGUUUCACCAGGAGCAACAGAUCUUCAUCGAAGCCAAGGCCUCCAAAAUCUUCAACUGCCGAAUGGAGUGGGAGAAGGUGGAACGCGGCCGCCGGACCUCGCUCUGCACCCACGACCCGGCCAAGACCUGCUCCCGAGACCACGCUCAGAGCUCCGCCACCUGGAGCUGUUCCCAGCCCUUCAAAGUCGUCUGUGUCUACAUCGCCUUCUACAGCACAGACUACAGGCUGGUCCAGAAGGUGUGCCCGGAUUACAACUACCACAGCGAUACUCCCUAUUACCCCUCGGGGUGACCCUGGGCAGGCCGCAGAGGCCAGGCCAGGGCUGGAAGAACAGGCCUGCCCAUGGAGGAGGCCAUCUGGCUGGAUACUGGGCAGGGAAGGGAAGGGAUCUCAGGCAGGGGCGGGGGGGUGGAGAGGAGGAGAUACCGAGUGGGGCCAGGGCCAAGUCUCCAGUGGUGGCGGGGAAGGGGUCCCAAGCACUGGCCCAGCUGUGGUUGUGGUUGUGGAGCGACUGGGACAUGGGAGCGCUGGAGGAGGAGCGGGUUCUCUGGGCAGCCCCGUGGGGCUUCUCCACUGCACAGCAAGAAGAUGCUGGGCCCGGGAGGCUUCUGGGGAAAGCAGACCAGUGUGGCCCCAGUAUAGGGCUGGAGAGGAGCCCAAAGCCUGAUCUCCCUCCUCGCUGUCCUGAGGAAGAGCAGCAACAAGGAGGGGGCAUUUCAUCAGCGUGGACACAAGUAGGCCACAAAGGGCGGAAGAGAUGGGGCAGCCUGCGAGCCAGCUCUGGGAGGGGAGAGGGGCGGGUGGGGGGGCAGGAGGAACUCUCGCGCUCCACGGAGGGGAUCCCCCAGCCCCAUAAACCCAUGUCCUGGACUGUGGACUGAACUUAGCUUGAGGCUCAAGUGGUGACCCUUGAAGUCUUUUUGAUGUCUUGACAAGUAGACCCUCUGAUCCCAGCCAGGCCAUCCCUUUCCGAAAUUCCCUCUCCUGCCACGGCUGUGUCCUCCCUCACUCCCGCCCCGCCUUCUGCUGAUGGGACACUCAUCCUUAAGCUGAGACAGAGGGUGAUCGUGGUUCUCCCAACACCAAGGCCACAGAUGGAAGCCCGCCCUUGCGCUGUGUCCCUCUGCCACCCCACCCCCUGCCGGCUCCUCUGGGAGUGUCCUUGUCCAGCCCCCCAGCCUGGGACUCCCCUGGAUAGGGUCGGCACCUCCCCCUCUUGGCCUGUGGGGCUGGGGGGCGCCAGACUGUCAAGGGCGUGCUGGACCUGUUCCAUGGUGUCUGUCUGUGGGUUGGGGAGGGGCGGGCGGGGUGUGGAAUCACCUGAUUGUCAAUUUCUGUGUGCCGAGUCUUGUUCUGGAGCCGGGAAUAAAGCUUUCCCAAGGCA